UUUCCUCUCAUGCGCGGUAUUUGCUGUCCGAGCGAGGCCCCGGGUUUGGCCUAGAGCCGGUGGCGCGGCGGUGGCGGCGGCACAAUAAAAAGCGGCCGGCCUUCCCCGUCGCGGACUCUCGGAGCGGCAGCCCCCUCUCUCUUCCCCACUGGAGCUUUAGGAUGGCGGAAGACUCGCCCAAGCGGCGCAAGGCCAAUUUCAACGAGGCGGAGACGGAGGUGCUGAUCGAGCAGGUGUUGAAACACGAGCAGGUGCUAUUCGCGGCCGGGCCGGGCCGGGCCUCCCCGGGGCAAAAGCGCAAAGUCUGGGAGCUCAUCCGGCAUAAAGUGAACCCGGUGGCCGCUUGCCCUCGCGAGGUGGAGGACCUCAAAAAGCGCUGGCGGGACCUGAAGCGCCGCGAUCGGAGCAAGCUCUGCCGCGUCACCCACGGCGCCGGCGGGGUCGCCCCGCACCCGGCCUCCUUCGGCCUCCUGAUGGGCAACGAGGACGCCUCGCCGCCCGACCACCUCCGAUCCUACACCUCGGGGGGGCUGCCUGCCCCCAACGAGGCUCUGCCCAUCGUCGGGGGCAUCGACACACUGGAUCUGCCCAGAGCCUCCUCCGUGUCGGAUAUGGGUUUUACAGAUGAUCCUGGUACAUCCCAACAAUCGUGUGUGGAGAAAAUAAAUCUAAAAGAAGAAAUAGUGGUGAAAGUAGUGGAACCAGAAGAAAGCUCAGAAGAUAUGGCAGUUGUUCCUCCCAGUCAGGAGCAGCUCCCUUUUUUGGGGAUACCGAACGGAGGCCCUUGCGGAAAAGUAAAAGCCAAAACGAAAACUCAACCCCAGACAGACUCUAAUGAAAUUACAGAAGAUGAUCUCUUACAGAUCCAACAGAAUCAACUGCAUAUCAUUCAAUCUGG